AUGGUGUGCAUUCCAUGUAUAGUCAUUCCAGUUCUCCUCUGGGUCUACAAGAAGUUCCUGGAGCCUUACAUCUACCCUGUCAUUGCCCCUUUGGUGAAACGUGUGUGGGCCAAGAAAGCCCUGGAAGAAACAACCCCCACCAGCCCUGCUCGAGGAGGCAGCACUGCGACUCCUCCAGCAGCUUCAGCCACCAGAAGAUACCAAGAGGAUGAAUUUGGGAUUUAUAAAUUUGAAAGCAACGGGGUAGCAAAUGGAAUCACCACAGAGAGACCCACAGACCUUGAGGAGAAGAAGACAGCUUGA